CAUUUCCCAAUAAACGGGAUGGGUCAAAGGAUAUGUAGCACCCAGGGACUUAACUCCCCCUUGAGUCAUCGGUGUCCAUCAGGAAGGCGAAUGCGCAAAUCGGGAACCGGACCGUUGGUGUGAUCGGGUGGCCUCGUGUUUGCCCCCACAUCAGUCAUCAUUAACACUCUCCGCUCUGACUCCCCAGCUUUGCAAGACACCCGCACUUUGUAGAAAACUGAAUGCUCGGUCAAGCUGUGCAUGAAAGCAUCACAGAUGUUCAUGGUGGUUUUCUCUUACAAGAAGGAGGAACACUAGGACUGCUGGUGGUCAAUGGAGGGGCUGAAUUUCCAUGGGUUCGAGGGCAAGAAACAACUCAUCAGAUUUCAAAUACAUAUUCCCGAUGAACCUAGAAACUUACUCCCAGAAUGGCUACAGAUACAUACAUAAGAUGGCAAAGAUAUAUCUGGAUGGGGAGGCUGUGGCCAUUACAGCACUGUUACAGGGAAAAAUCGAAGAUGCCUGAUGUUUGUUAAUGGGGGAUCGGUUUCAUAAAUUUUGUCAUGUCCCUACAACGAGCUACUAUGCAGCUGUGAAAAAGAGAUGAAGUAGUUCCGUGAGGUAUUUAUAAGGUGGAAGAAAGAGCUUUUUAAACAAAAACCAAACAAACAGAAACUCAAAAAAAACAUUGUGGGUGUGUGUGUAAGUGUGCAUGCUCACACAUUGGAAAGAACACACGCCAACGGUGGUUACCCUUAGGAAGCAGAACUGGUUAAGGAGAAAGCGAAAGGAGGCGGUCGGCAGGGACCUCUGUUUUACUCACUCCUACAUCCCAGCAUCUAGGACACUGCCUGGCCUGGGCUGGGGACUCAAUAAGCAUUUGAUGAACAAAGAGAUUAGGAAGUUGAUUUGUGUUAUGCAGAGCUUGUAUUACAGCUGUAAUUUUUUAAAAUAAUGAUUUUUAAAAACAGAGGAAAAGAAGUACUCAGUAAAUGCAGAAUGAAAAUAUUCUUUUUAAAGAUGGAAAGGAAUUCGAAGAAGAAAGGAGAAAAAUAAUGUACUGUUUCCUCCCCAAGCCCUGGCCUUCAAGAGGUGUUAAGAAUGGAGAACAGAUUUUCAUGGUCUUCAGUCACUGUGGACAUUUCCUGCCAUCACACACUGUGCUUUCAGCUCAAAUGACAUAUCCCACCUGGUCACAGCUCUGGUUAGAGGUCUUGGCAAGGUCUGUGUCCAGGUAGGCCACUCCCCGUGAUGUAUGUUACCACGGAGGCCCCCUCCACACCAGCUUCCGACACCUCUUUCAAAAGGGAAGGUGUUGAUUUCUUAAAAGCUUUUGAAUACUUCAGAUUUUCUAACUCCCUGGGCUGCCAGGCAGAGAAACAGACAGUUGUUACACAGAACAGCUGCCGCUCAUCGGCGCUGGCGACAAACGCCAGAAGGAAGCUGGCUGAGUGUUCUGCCGCAGCCCCUGGGGAUGCUUUUCUGGAACAACUGGCCCAAAGCUAGGCCUGGCAUGCUCAGCUGCCAUCUGAGCAGCUGACUCAGAGCAGGGCCUUGCUGAUGGUUCCUCCAAGAACAAGUGGCUUUUGCUGAAGUCAAUUUGAGUUUCUUUUCAAAGGCCCUAAAGAAACAAAAACCUCAAAGGCCAUUUCCAUCUCUCCCUAAAAGGAAAACAGAUGCAAUGUCUGCUGUUGGCCAGGUGUCCCUAACACCCAGGAUGGCGCCAGGCUCCUAUGAGGUGCUCAAUAAACCUUUGUUCAAUGAGUGAAGUGACAAGGUACAUCAUAAGGCUUCAUAACCAUGGGCUUCACGAUCAACUUCUAGACUGACAUUGGUAUAGAAGGAAAGAUGUGUUUACUAUCCCAGCUUAACUCAGGACAGGGUCAGAGCCUUAGCUGCGAGAUUUGUCCUUGCCAUGAAGCAUGUCCGCAGUGGGAGCCCUCACUUGUGCAGGCUGCAGGAAUCGACAGAAACCACAGCGACCGAAGGGGAAUUUAGAAACCAGGGGCUCUUCGUCACUCGAGUAGGUUCCCCAGGUGGCUCCAGCAGAACACCGGGGGAACGUUCCUGCCUUUUAUUUCUGUUGAAGUUUCCUCUAUGGCUGCCCUGUCAACAUUUUUGCUCCCUCCUUCCCCACUUUUCUUUAUUGCCUUGUCUGUGCUUGGGGGUCUCUCAGAGCGAGAGGUGCGCUCUGUGGCUUAGAAAUCAGGAGUCCUGGCUCACGCGGCUUCCGGGGCAGCCACGGCUGUGCUGGGGGUCAGAAAUAUCACAAAACCCCUCUGUACUUCUCUUUCUUGCUUAGUGUCAUGAGAGGGUUGGACCUGAUCAUUUCCAAGGUCACCUUGAGUUGAACCUUUUGGUGAUUCUAAAUAAUCUUGCUUUUACCUCUACUACAAGAAGGAAGGAGACAGAAGAAAUCGAAGAUGAUAAUCAGUCAAGAAUCCUGCAAUUCACAGAGUAGGCAGACAUCUGCUCCCCACUGGUGCAAUCUAGCGGGUAGCCCUGAGUCUGAGACUGCCCAGGAAAUGCGUUCUGAGCAGAAGUGGUCGUUGAUAGAACGAGGCAAGUCCAGCCACUAGCUUUGAGCUGCUUUCCUACGGGCAGUUCACAGGCUUGGAACAUGACCUGGGCCAGCCAUUUCACAGAUUCCUUUUAUACCUGGGUUGACUAUCUCUAGGUUAAAGUUGGCCAAAAAUUAAAAACCAAGAGGGUAGAAAUAUGUCACUUUUCCCAAAUGUCCUAAGAGAGGAGUCUACGUGUCAGAAUCAGACGUCUCUAUAGCUGGAAGAGACCCCGGUGAGCCUUUAGAUUGGAACAACUCCUCUUUUUACAAAUGAAGAAAUUGAUUCCCAGGGAAGUGAAAAGGCCUGUCCAGGUCACAUGGCUGAUGAGACUAAAGCUUACUUAUCAUGUCUGUGCAUGUCUGUCUACGCCCCCAGAUGGCUAACGACCGAAGGCAGAGCCCUUGUCCUAGGCAUGUUGGCAUGCCCUUGAUCUUCCUUUGCCUGACUCUGUGGCUGACACUAUUCUUUGCAUUAUUUUUUUGUUAAAGUUUAACCUAUAGAUCCUAAGGGUACAGCUCAGUCACUAGUAUCCAGGUCAAAAAACAGAACCAACUACCACCUCAGAAGCCCCUCGCACCUUCUCCAAGUCACUUCCCCCCAGGGUAACCACUCUCUUGAGCUUUGUCUUACUUUUCGUUCCAACUUCCUUAACAUAAUAUGCUGGCCUGGCUUUUUUUUUUUAAUCAUCAUAUAAAGAAUAUAUUUGAUAUGAGUUUAAAUUCGGAGAGGGGAAUCUUUAGUAGUUUAAGUGAAAAGGGUCAGAUUUCCUAAUGAAAUUGCUCUCAGACCCACUAGUUCCUGAACUGGACUUUCCUUCUGUCCCCUUAAACCUUUGAAACCUUGUUUCUCAGACAUGUUCCUUUAUUGGUUGCCAUCUUGAACCUACGAUUUCUAAGAAACCCUGGGCGUUUUUGAACCAGCUUCCUUCCACCUAAAAUUCCACACACAGGAAACUCCCUUUGCUCUCUGUAGGUGGUCUUGUAGGCAUGUGUGACCCACAAAGUCAGCUACACAAAUAAAAUGGCCUGGGGUCACAGGGGAGCAGUAGGCGACAGAUGCGUGUUUGGAAAGGCUCUUGUGGUUGCGGGGAGCUUGGUGUGUUCGAAUAAGCGGGGGCAGGGAGGAAGGAAGAGCAGAGGUGAUAGCUGGUGGCAAGGGACACGUCAUGCAUGGUCCGGUCCCUGGGGUUGGGCAGGGCAUGGUCUGGUGGGAGCUUGGACUUAACUCAGAGCACAAUGGAGGACCAUUGACGAGCUUGUCCUACACCAAUCAGCCUGAGACCAGCAGGGACAAAGUCAGGUUCAUUGACCCGCCGCAGAGACGGGGAUCAUAGAGCAGAGGAAGCACAGGCUGUGUCGCAGAAGAGGCACAGCAUCACUAUGGGGUUGGGGGAAAGGUGGGGUUUAGGUGAAACGUAAAUGAAGCCCUAUCUUGAUAAGAUCUGUGCAAAACAGGGCAGUGAGUAAAGGGGUCAGUGUCAGCUUGGACUGCAAAGCGGACGCAGGCUGCUCUCUGCUCGGAACCACAACGUUAGGAUAGAUGUGGACUGUCGUGUCUGAUGCUCUUUAUCUGAAGCUCUGUGCGGGGGCCGGGAAUGGAGGCUGCUUCUCUGGCAAGCGUGGGAUGUUUCCUUCUUCCUGACGGAACUCCAGACAGCAAUGCUUCUGAGAGCCUAGGAUUUUAGAGAACCAGUGAGUUAGAAAGCAGUUGUCUCUCAGAGGGAGGUUGUUUCGACACGCGACAGCUGAGCAAGUCCUUGGAGAAGCAUUGGUCCUGUCCACUUGCAGCUGCUCCAUCUGCAUCUCUUAUUCUGACCUGAGGAAUGGUGGGACCCACUCGGCCACUACCUACUGUCUCAAGCCAUACACAUUCUUUCAGCAAAACAAACAAACGGAUACUAGCGCUUACCCCAUGCCAGGCACAGAGCUGGGUUACCGUCGGGAACAUAGGGACCCUCAGCAUCCACUGCCCUCUAAAACCGCCCACUCCCAGGCCCCCCCCCCCCCAGAGACCUUCUAGUUCAAGAGGUCUGAGGUGGAGCCCUGGCAACGCCACUAUUUUAAAAUUUGCCAGUUCAGACCCGGCCAGGCUUGGAUGCUGCCACCCUGGAGCAGCCGGCAGGGUGCCCGCCCCAGAGUCAACAUCAGCGAGUUCCAGGGGGUUGACUCGAAUCCCGAGUUCCCAUUUACAGGCACAGACUCCACGGCUGAGACACGUUCUGUUUUCCACAGCAGCAAGGGCAACAAGUGACCAAGUGCCCUUCAUCUGAUUGGAGGUCCAGCCCUUUGUGGGGUAAAAUCCAGACUCCUUCACAGGACGUUUCCGACCCCACCUCUCUCCUCCCUUUGCUCGCUUUUCUCCAGUCACUUUCGAUCCUCGGAAUCACCAAGUCCCCUCCUGCCUCCCACUGUUGCCAGUGAAAGCUGCGGGCCACAGCCUUCUGCUCGCCUCCUGCUCCCUAUCAGCUCUCAGCCCAGGCGACACGGCCCACGACAGGCCUCUGCUUCCGCCCCAACCCCAUUAGUCCCUCCACUUCAGACCCUAAAGCCCCUCUGCCUGUCUCGUUCGCAGCAGCAUCCUCAGCAUCACCGGAUGAACAAUAAGCCAGGAGUCGAAUCACAGCCUCAGAUCCCUAGAGAACAUCAGAGCCCUGGGAAGCUGGUGGGGACUGCAGAUCCCGGGACUUCCCCUCAGGACUCAGAGGCCCUCCUCACAAUUCCCAGACCUGCCUGGGCCUCGCUGCCAACUCUGCCUUCCCAGGUGUAUGACGUGCCUGCCCAGAGCCGGGGACCACCAGCCCUGAAGGAGCCAGAGAAACAGCAGGUGUAUGACAUACCCGCCAGCCCCCAAAAGGCAGUACUCGGUGCCCCAGCCGGCCAACCAGGCGGCCAGAGUGUUCCCCUGACAUCAACAAUUGCCUUGAGGAGAGGCGGCUACAACACGUUACCGAGCCCUCAGAAAUCAGAAUGGAUUUAUGACACUCCAGUGUCUCCAGAAAAAGCCAAUAUAAGGAAUGUAUCUCUAACCAGCUUUGUGGAAGAAUCGGAGUGCCACGCUCUCCCCAGGUACAUGUCCAGUUUUCAAAGUCCUCUGAAUAGCAGAGAAAGAUCCCUCACUCCACACCUGCAUAAAAAUGCGCCCAUGCAGAAAAAACUCAGCCUUCCAGAAAUACCUUCUUAUAGCUUUCCAGCCCCACGGGACACAUUCCCUUUGGAUGAGGCUGUCAGCUAUAAGGUUCCUUCAAGCUUUCUGAUUCCUCGAGUGGAACAGCAGAAUACCAGGCCAAACAUUUACGACAUCCCUAAAGCCAUGCCAAGUGUCCCUCAGGCUGGGAAAGAGCCGAGAAAAGCCGAUGGGGCUUCAGAGAAUUCCAUGGACCAUAAUUCCUCGUGGUUCUCCAGACGGGCCACAUCGCUAUCUCCUGAAUCAGACAGAUUAUCCAUUUCCAGUUCUGACAGCAGAGCCAGCGUCAUUUCUUCAUGCUCCUCCACAUCCACCGACUCUUCUUCUGGCUCCUUCUCGGAGGAGGCAGUAAAGGAACUCUCCUUGGACCUGGACUUGGCCAAAGAGACAGUAACAGCUCUGCAGCACAAGGUGGCCAGUUCUGUCGCAGGCCUGAUGCUCUUCGUAAGUAGGAAGUGGAGGUUCAGAGACUAUCUGGAGGCCAACAUCGAUGCAAUCCGCAGGGCUGCCAACCACAUAGAAGAAUCUUUGAGAGAAUUUCUGGAUUUUGCCUGCAGAGUCUGUGGAAUCGCAUGUAACCUCACCGACAGCAACCUUGAGGCCAGAAUUAAGGAUCAGCUACAGACCAUCUCCAACUCCUACCACAUCCUGCUUGAAACAAAGGAGAGCCUGGACCGCUGCGACUGGCCCCUGGAAGUCCUUGUGACUGACACAGCCCAAAACAGCCUGGACGACCUUGAGAGAUUUGUCAUGGUGGCGCGGCUGGUUCCAGAAGACAUCAAGAGGUUUGCUUCCAUUGUCAUUGCCAAUGCGAGACUCCUUUUCAAGCAGAAUUGUGGAAAGGUAGAGACUGUACAAUUGACACCAAAUGCAGAAUUUAAGCUUGCAAAAUGCAUCCAGCUGCCCCAAAGGGAAAGAGAAUCAUACCAAAGCGGUGCUCCUUCUAACGAGGAAAGGGAAAGUGAACGCUCCCCUGAACUAUUAAAGAAAAACAGGACAAAUGUCUGUGAACAGAAGUUGCCUAACCUAGAAGAGAAGGAAAAACCCAUCUUGGAAGAAAGGUUGGAUGAAAACAAAGACUUAGAAACACAGAAUCCUAGCUGCCUUGUCCCCCGAUCUUUGAGUCAGCAGACGCCUGAGAAGAAAAUCCACCUUUCUGAACAUUGCCGCCUCUAUUUUGGGGCGCUUGUCAAAGCCAUCGGUGUAUUUACCAGGAGCCUCAGCAACAGCCAGCCCCCAGAGAUCUUCAUCACACAGAGCAAGCUCAUUAUCAUGGUGGGGCAGAAGCUGGUGGACACGCUGUGCAAGGAGACCCAUGAGAGGGAUGUGCGCAACGAGAUCCUCUGUGGCAGCAGCCACCUUUGCAGCCUGCUCAAGAACCUCGCGCUGGCCACCAAGCACGCCGUGCUCAAGUACCCAAGCCCUGCAGCCCUGGGGCAGCUCCAGGCCGAGGCUGAGAAGCUGGAGCAACACACACGGCAAUUCAGAGGGACGUUGCAAUGAGCCUCCUCCCUCCCUCCUUCUCGCCAUUAACCUCUUAGCUUCAGCUUCACAUCCACAACCUAUACGAAUCUGUCCUAUGGGAGAAGCCAGCCUGGAGAUACACCAAUGAGAAGAAACAGCCACGGAGUGCCAAAGCCAGUAUUACAAGUGGCUAGGCAACCCCAGGACAUUGACUUAUCCCAGAGAGAGUCAGGUCCUUGCUAAGUUUUUUAGCAUCUCAUGAAGGGUCAGUGUAUGCAGUGACAUACAAACCAAUUUUUAUAUUGGUUAAAUGUGUGCCUGUUUUAAACUCAUUCAUUCAAUGCUUAUUUCUUGGGCACCUAGGGUAUGUCAAAUUCUAGGUGCUGGGUUUAUAGCAGUGAAUCGAAUAGCAGAGGCCAUGCCCUCAGAGGCUUAAAAUCCAGAGGUAAAACAGACAACAAAGUGAUGGCGGGAUACAUAACAUUUACACUGUAUCAGGGACUAGAGAGAAAAUAAAGUUGGAGGACAGGAGGAGACUUAUUUUCUUUCAAAUGAUUAAUUUCUGUUGCAUCCGUUAGAAAAUGUGAGAAGUUUUUCAUUUGGAUUGAAUUAACUCUGUGAGAUUGGUACAAAUUAUGUAUCUGCAUCUUAUACCAAAAAUAUGUAUUUGUUUGCUAUUUUAUCUCAAGUGAGUUCAAGAUAUAUGCUAUGUUUAUAACAUAACAUGUUCUGUUGGGUUCCCUAUUAAUUUAUUUUGUAUGUUAUAGAUUCUGUGUUGAUAAAUUCAAUAUGCUCAAUUAGAAAAGGUUUAUACCUCAACAGUCUCAAAUCUGUUACCGUUUAUAAUGUUAUGUAAUAGAAUCAUGAACUGAAA